GGGUUGCAUCGAAGAGUCUAAACUUGGCCGCUGUCAUCUGGCGAGUCCUAAGAUAAAGCCUCUCAGCUUCUCCCCAAGACCCAUGUCGUGUCGCCAAGUCGAUAAAUAUGCACGCGCCAAAUCUCCCUGACAUCAAAUACCAACAGCCAUUUCCCAGAGCUCCCGAAAUGACCUUCAAAGAACAAAAUCACACAACUUGAUAGUUAUCGUAUGAUUACAAUUAUUGAAUCACAAUGGCCAGCACUGCUUCUCAACGGCGAUGGGCUACACCGCAAGAGUGGGAUUCGUACAGGGGGACGAUCACAAGGCUGUAUUGGGACCAGGGCCGACCUUUGAAAGAUGUGGGAGAGAUCAUGAGACGCGAGUAUGGAUUUAAUGCCACUGAGAAGAUGUACAAGACUCGAGUAAAGAAAUGGGGCCUGACUAAAUAUGUCAAGGUUGGCAAAGCCAAUGAGCCUCGCGGGGAAGUGGAAAUAGGCGACAUCUCAGUACCAGUCAUACGCAGUCGCGUCACAGCAAAAAGGAGGUCAGAGGGGGAUUGGAGCCACAAACAAUUUCAAUCGCUUACGGAGUUUGAACCAUCGUUGCGAUCCAUAGUCCUACUACGUGGUUCGCAAGGACUUAAUCCUUCGCCAUUAGCCACACAGGUUGAAUCUCCGUGGCAGUUCAAAUGCGUUGAGAGUUGCUUGACAGCAGUUCUGGACUAUAGCCAAAGUAGAUUCCAGACCAAGCAAUGGGAUCCUACGAUUGACCUAUUCCGAACUGAUCAUUCCGCCACGUGGGGAAAUCAAGUUUCCAUGGGUCAUGCAAUGAUCAAGAAUGGAAAGAUGAAGGAAGGCUUUCGUAUGAUCGACAUCUGUCUUAAAAACUACAAGUCAGUUAUCCAGCGGGAACACCCACUUAUACUUAUCGAGACGUAUACAACACUCAUGUAUCUGUCAGUACACCGGCUGGAUCUUGCCGAAUCCAUCCUUCGAUAUCUCGCAGGUCUAUGUCGUGCGUAUUUGGGUCCUGCGCACCCGUUCUCUCGUCUUUGGACAAACCUGAUCUCUCUUGGGAUGGAGCGGCUUCGUCAAGCCGCAGCGGUAAUCAUCAAGUCACAGCUGACCUUGCUGGCAACCUAUUUCAAGCCCGAUGCUGAAUUCCUACUCAACCAGCGAGUCGAUACAGCUCGACAAGCGCAUUGUUUUGGGGGGCUUUCUAUCGAAGAGGCGGAGGAAGAUAUUGCGAAUGCAAUUGAUCUAAAACAGAAAAAAGGCAUGCCUGACACUCUUACUUAUGUAUGCUGGGCGAAGGAAAUGCUUGCGUUCGUUUACAAACACAACAAAAGAUAUUCGGAAGCCGCCUCUAUUUUAGAUGAAGUGGGCAAGCAUAUCGGCUCUGGAGAAGUUGACGACUUUGAGAUCAAUGAGUAUUACAGUAUUAAAUGUCAAAUUGCAACAGAAAUCGGCACUUCUCAAGAAUACACCGCUCUACUCAGGGAAAAACUCGACUGGGCUGCAUCGGCAGUUGGCACCAGUCAUCAUUGGACAAUGACAGCCGUCACAUUGCUCGAUGCGGAAUAUGGCAAACACAACGAUGCUGCUGCUUCUGCCAAGCUACAUGAAGAGUUCAAUUUCGAGUCGAACUGGGACAUUAUCUGUGAGAAAGUGGACAGCAAAAUCCAGACGAUAGAGGAGCAGUCCUAGAGAAUCACAAUCGAUACAUGUGGCGCUGUCGUAUGCCGUCAAUUCUCGCUCAUUGUCUGUUCUUAUUGAUACAGGUGAUGGGUAUGAGUGUUGCAAAUACAUGAACAAAUAAAAUGGUGUGGGCAUUUCUGAGUAAU